AUGACCCCUAUGAACGAGCAAGUGUUGGAGCCCUUUGUUGAGCUGCGGACUGGUUUAGAACAGCUGACGGCCCGGGACGAAGCACUUCGGAAAUUGCUGACUAAUCUAGAUACCGGGAAGGACGCACUUGAUAGACUGCUGACCAGGCUGAAUGAUCCGGAAGACGCAUUGGACAAACUGCUGACCAGGCUGAAGCAGCGGGAAACCGCGUUGCGAGACCGGGAGGAGGCACUCCGGAGGCGCGAGGAAGACACUUUGCGUCGGAAGUGGCAGAUCGAACACGUUAUCUCUGAAGCUAUGAGGGGAUUGGCAUCUGUCCGUGAACCUCAUGGUGGCCGUUAG